GAUAUGAGACAUCCUCUGCCAAAUAUCGACACUCACUCCAGUGAUAUCGUCUCAAAUCCAAUUCAGCUCUAAGUUCCUCAUCUAAAUCCACAUCCGUCUCGCAAUUCCAAUUUCCCUCGUUAAGUAUCCUAAAGUUGUUUCGGGUCAUUUCAUAGUCAUUUCGUAUCAAUAGAGUUCAAUAGCAAAUAUAUCGAUCGCCUUCUCGGAGUUUGACGUGAACGAACUCAGAGAAGAUUCAUGAUGUCACAAAGGCCUCUUUUAAAACUCUCCCCUUCAAUCCCGUAAUUCAUAAUUCCGUUCGAGGCAUUGAUGCGAGCUAUUAUCCUGAUGCUAACUAUUAUCCCUACAACGCCCCCAGGCGAUGCGCAAUCAUCCGAAUCUUGGCGUUCGACAACACACCGAGCAUUUUAUCUGUUGUGGACGCCAACUGCCAUUCGCUUUGCACACACAUUCGUCGUGGCGUCGCCGUACGAGAGUGCAUUGUAUAUUUCCAUGGUGUAUGAACCGGUAUAACUAUUGUGGAUGUAACAAGUGGUUUUUAACUUGUUGAGUCGCCGUUUUCUAUCUUUUCGGAUAUUUUCAUCGCGAUGGCAUCGCCUUCAACACCCAGAGGCAGAGGAUCUAAGAAACUAAUACCAAUCAGCGAAUCAGGGUUAUAUCACACUGAGGAUCAAGAAGAUUUGGACUCUUAUUUCCAGCAGAUGAGAGUGUCCUCGGACGAACCCAGCUCACCAUCUUCUAUGUCCACAUCUUCAUCGUCUUCGAUAGAUCAUUUCUGUCGCGGUUUUCCUAUGCAGCUGCAUGUGCCAGAGGCGUUUGCCGCGCACGAAAAGAAGUCCAGAAACACUGCUAUCAUCAACUCCAACAACAGCCGUGAGAAUAACAACGUGAAUCAGAUUCCCCAGAUGCAAUUUCAUGUGAACGAGAACCUCAACCCGCCUCCGAAAACGAAAGAGGAUGAGAACAGGACUCUGAGGUUCGUCGGUCGCCGAGGGCUGGCGAGGGGUGACGGUGACGACAUCAAGAGUGUCAAGGGAACUGUGAGGGGUGUCAAAAACAGGGUUCGGGCCGGCAUAGCCAACUUCGAGUUUAAACCACUGGAUAAUAAUAAGAAAUCAAAUGUCGUCAACUCUGCUGACGAGGUCGGUAGGAUAAUCGUUUACACGACCAGCGUCAGGAUCGUCCGACAGACAUUCGACGACUGCCAGUACGUGCGGAAACUCUUUCAGAAUCACAGGGUCUUAUUCGAGGAGCGGGAUCUCUUCAUGAACGCGAAACAUCAGAAGGAGCUUGAAGAGAGGCUAGGUACUACCACAGACAUCAACUUGCCUAUCUGCUUCAUAGAUGGAGAAUUGGUUGGGGAUCUCAGGAAGCUAGAAGAACUCAAUGAAUCUGGAGAAUUGAGGAGAAUUUUACAAAGAUUUGAGAAGCACAACCCCAUGAUUAGCUGUAAAGGAUGCGGCGGCCAUCGCUACAUUCCCUGUACGUUUUGCAACGGGAGUAAGAAGUCGUUAUUACGUAAUAACUGGACGGAUGCAUUCAUAGCACUCAAAUGUUCGUAUUGCGACGAGAAUGGGUUACGGAAGUGCCCCGAAUGCCACAAGCGGUAGAGUAACUGCUUAUACCCCAUUUCUAAUUAUUUACUUAAUUCAAGUUAGUGCAAGAUUAAUACCAUAGUCGGACCCGCGUAACCGACUCCAACCCGACCAAAGUUAUUAUUUGAUAUCGGUUACCGGGUUUGGAAUCGGUAUCGUUGAUAUGACUGUAUAAUUUUGUGUGUGUAUAUAGGAUAACAAAAUUAGCCAAGAUUUCUAUCAUAAUAUAGUAUUUGUAAAGAAUUUCAGAUUUUGAAUGUAUAUUUGUAGCCACGAAGGAGGACAAAAUAGAGCCAAUUCUUUACUCUUUUGAAAGAUUUUUUUUAGUUCAUUAAUUUUUUUGACAACUUUCUUUGAUAGAAGAUGCUAUUGAAAAUUAUUGUUCAGUUAUUGUGCAACUGUCUGCUAAGAUUUUUUUUUACAAACAAACUUGAUUGACCAUUAUCGUAUAAAAAGAGGUUUUAACAAUAAUUAUGAUGUUCUCAUAUUAAGAGAAAAUGUUUUCUCUUCUGCACACACCCGGUACAUUCCUAUAGUAUAUCAUUCUACUUCUGAACUGAAUCCUUUCUGCAAAGCUUAGUAACUAUUUUCAAGAUAAGAAAUGUUAUUAUUGUUUCAGCGUGUUCAAAACAAACGUUCCACAUGGGGGCCUUUAUCAUGUAAAUAGCACAAAACACUAUUUUCUAAUUUAUGCAUCUUGAAUGUACAUUAAUGAAAAGCUUAAUAUUUUUGUUUGUUUCUGUGCAGUACAAUAUGCAAUCCGUGUUAUGGUCUUGAUUGUCGUGCAAAGUUAAUAUUUUUUCUUCAAAUAUAUGAAUCUGCAGUUGAUUGUAUUUUAUUAUUCUGAAAAUAGAUCUAAAAGUAUAAUCAUAUAAUAUAUAUUUAUAUGCCGGAUAUAUAGAUAAUUACUGUGGUGCAAAAAGUAAGAAUGACGGCGAAUAAAGAAUAUUUAUUUUGGGAUCAUUUAUUGCCUAUUUUUCUCGAAUGUAUUCAUUGUGGCCUGAACAAAAUUGGAUUGAUCUCAAAUAUUGAUAAAACAAUUGAAAUCAUAAUUUUGCUCCUUCUUGCAUUAUUAUCCGCCUCAAUCAUGUUGAUGUCUAUGAUUAAAGUUUUGUGAUCAACCUGUUCUUUAUUCACCGUCAUUCGAUAUAUUUGUAUAAAUGUAACCAGAUAAUAUUUUUCUCGAACCUUCUAUGGCCCAGUCUUUCACUCAGAGCCGUAUAUGCCUAUACCAUGUGUACACAAUUAAAAGGAAAAAUACUCUCUUUCCUUGUUAAUUAUCGAUGCAUGCCAGAAUAACUGCAAAUUACCCAGGUACAUGUUUUCAUUACCCUUGAUAACACCUUAUACUCCAGUAAUAUUUAUUUUCCUAGAAUCUUACUGACCUUCAUAAGUUUCAAGUCUUUUUGGUAUUCUUAUUGAGGUACGUAUUCAACUUGCAGAAGAAAAAAAAUGAAAAUGCACCUAAAUAUAAGGAAUUUUGAGAUAUGGUUGAUGCAUGUGUUCAUUAUACCUUUGAUAUCACUAUUAUCUCAAGUAAAACAAUAUUGAAUUCAUGAUUCGAGUCGCGUCUGGCAGAAAACAGCAAACAGUCAUUACUUUACCAAUGCGACAUCGUGCAAAAACGCAUAGUUUCUGCUGGCUGGGUCUUGAAGACGGUUUACCUUGUUUACGGGUCGCCAAAAGCAAAGGGUUUGCAGUUUUCUGUUUUAUAUAGUGUUACAUUAAUUUGUUUACAUAAAUGUUUUUAAUAAAAAUGAUGAAUGCGCUAAAUAGGGGUAAUUUUGUUCUGUCUCCACGGGGAGAUAAACACUGCACAUGUUGCACGGAGACAAUGAGAAUAAUGUUCACUAUCUUUCAGAUUGUUGAAAUUAAUGUGAGUGCCUUUUUCAGUUGAGAUUCAGUCGACCUUGUCUAAUGGUCAUAAACAUUAUAUAAUUAAAAUAUAUUAAAACUGCAAACACGAGCCAUUCUAUUAGUAAUGCAUCGAUGGUUAAUCAUAUUAAUGCAGUCUUCUCAAAACUCAAUUUAUCAAGAUGAUUUGCCACGAGACAGUUAUACUUUCAGGGUUAAUGUUUGAAGUGAAAGAAGUUAAUGUGAUCUAUAGUUUAUUAGAGUAAUAUUACUGAACAUUAUUUUUAUUUGGAAGUGUUGACCCUGUCUGUGGGUAAAUGAAUAGAGCUCUCCACUCUUAAGAGGCCUUGCGCUCCAUUAGUGGUUAAGAUUAUUCAAUAUUUUUUGUAAUGCCUUGUAAAUCUGUUUUUGUACAGUUUGUAACAUGCAACAUCAAAAACCACAUUUGGUUUAGUUUAAAACCAUAAUUAGUAUGUUAAUACAUACAAUGUAUAUAACAACGCUGUGUAAAAUUUUAAGCUCGUCUUUCUCUAUUGUUUAAACUUUUUGUUUAAAAAGUGUAAACAAUUGCUUCAGAGUUUUUGUUACAGUGAAUGAAAUAAAAAAACGUGCUUAAAGUUGUAAACAUCGUUUUUGCGGUGCAUAGGAAGGUGCAUACUCUUAUUUAUUUCAAGAAUUUUGUAAAUAUAUAGAAAUAAGAGAAUCGUUUAAAGGAACACCUUGCCAAACUUUAUUGUAAUUAUAUUGCAAUUAAUUGCAUACUCGGUUUACAGGUAUAUAAGGUUUUUUUUUAUAUAAGAUAUGAUGUAAGUAAACACAAGUGUUUUUUUAAUAUGUAUAUGGUUAAGCAAUGGAAUAAUUUUUCAGAUAUUUUCCUAGAUGUGUUAUGUUGACAUGGUCAUACAUAAUUGGACAUAGGCAUAUUUUACACGCUGCAGCUCCAUUAUUGAAACAGUGAAAUUUUACUGAGUUGUUUUAAGAGUGUAGGAAUAAGUGUAAGUUAAGAAGUAUACGUCAUCGGUCAUGUUGUCCAAGAUUAUGGUGAUCCUCAUAAACAUCUUGACCCUUUGUCCUGCUGAUUUACUUUCUGAGGGGUUUUGGCCAACUUCGACACGGACCAUUUCACAAUUAAGAGUGCCACUCUUUAAAAAGGAUGAAGCCAAGUGCCAAGUAAUGGCGUGAUCGGGAAGUUUUACUGUCAUGGGCACCUCUGGUGAAAGCUUUGUUCCUUGAGCUAUUUCAGGGGUAAAUAAAUACAUUGGAAAACAAUAGUGGUAUUGAGACCAGUUAACAAGGCGAAACACAAUGCAUUAAAUGGACCUUAGCAAGUUCUUGACAAAAGGACCCCUUUGAACUUACUUUGAUUAGGGCAGGAAUAUGGAACUUUGAUUUCCUAGUAUAAUGAGAGUAUUGAUUUAACGCCCCUCUUGCUCUCAAAAGAAGCGAUAUUAACCCUCAAUAUUAAUCUCUAAGUGACAUGUAUUACGUGAUGUGUAAAAGCUUUCAAAACGAAUGAUUCCUUAUAACAUUUGAACAUGAAUGGCAUACAUCAAUCAUCAAGCUCUCACCAGAGCUAAAGAGUCAUGACCGUAAACAUUAUCAUGAUUAUAGUCCUUAUUCAAGUUAGCCCUAUCUACUGACAAUAAACAUCACUUUGCAUCAUUUUAUUAAAAUUUUUACAAAUGCACAUAGCACUUUAAUUCAGCUGUCAAACAGUCAUCAAACAAACCAGCCCUUAGAUAUAUACGCCACCAAAAAAACGUCUUAAGUGGAAGAUGGAAUAUGUGUAAUUAUUGGUCUAAAAUUAAAGGUCAAACAAGACUUCUUGACAACGCUAAAGAUAUGCUUGACAUUAACGUUCGUUUGCCAAGGAUUUAUUCUUUUUUUUUUCAAGAUUUCGUAAAAAAGGAUCCAUCAACUCCAAAACUGUACACAUCCGUGUGUACUACUGGACAGUCAUCAGUUUUUGCACUCUUAAAAUAAUCCAUCCUUUCUUGUUUCUAUCUCAUAUCAGCCAAAUUAUAAUUAUGUGACAUAAACAAAUAGGAAUUCGGGGAAAUCCCUCCCCUCCCUCUCAGAGAUCAUAUUUAUCCUAUGUGUUUGUUCAGAAAAUAUUUGUUUUCUAUUAACUUGCGCAUAUAGAUAAAUAUUCGAUUUUGAUAACCAGGAGACCAUAACACAAAGUUUAGCAAUGAUCGUAGAAAAUUUUUCCUUGAUUGUUUCCAUUGACUACACUGUACAAUCAAUCGUAAAAAUCAAGCGUAUACGAUCAAUCGCUAACCUUUGUGUUACGGGGCCCUAAUCAUGUUUCGAAAGGGGGGGGGGUGUUUGUUUCAUGUUAUUUCUUCCCUGUGCAAAAUUCGUUUUGAAAUCCCCUAAUUAACAAAAACAAAUCUUUUUCGUAUAUGAAAUUCGUUACUUAUCGUACAUCAAAUAUAAAUCUUGUGAAAGCCAUUCAACGUGUUUUUUUUUUUCAAUAUUGAUCUUGUAAAUGAGAUAGUCUUUAAUUCUCUGUUUAUCUGGGUAAUUUUAUGAUUUCAACUGUUCUUAUGACUGGUAAUCAGUAUCAUCUAAAUUUAUUUGUUCAUGUCCCCAAUAGUAAUCGGGUUAUAAACUUUAAAAAUCAAGAGGAGAGCGACAGAAAGAGAUAAAAGAGAAAUAGAGAGGGAGACUGCAUGGCCAAGUAUAAUUUUCCAGUGUAUUUGAUAUACAAUUCGAUAGAUCGAUCAUCCAUGACUGUGUUUAUCACGAUCUCACGAUAUCAAACACCAGAUUUGAACUCGUUGAGAGGAAUUUCGAACCAGGAAGUGACUACAUGAAAAAUAAAUCCAUGGUGGCUCGAGAGAGUUAAAUCGACUUGAAAUGAA